UUUAAAGAGGGCCCGUAUGGAAUUUUUGCUGGAAGGGAUGCAUCCAGAGGUCUUGCCACGUUCUGUCUGGAUAAGGAAGCUUUGAAGGAUGAAUAUGAUGACCUGUCUGACCUCAAUGCUACGCAGCAAGAGACCCUGAGAGACUGGGAAUCGCAGUUCACUUUUAAAUAUCACCAUGUUGGCAAACUGCUGAAGGAAGGAGAGGAACCCACUGUAUACUCAGAUGAAGAAGAAGAAGAAGAAAAAGAGGAUGCUAAAGAUAAAAAGAGAGACUAGCGAAUGUGCAGUGGGGAACAAUAAUUUUGUAUCGUAAGGGGCCAUUUGUAACAUUCCAGUGCUGUUUUACAAGUUGCAGCUUCAACAAUAGUUAGAAAUGGUACAGACUUACUGUGAACUGGAUUGUUUUUAAACCCGUUUUUAUUCUAAAUUUACUGGUAACAGAAAUAAGAUUCAAUUUCUCCCAUAAAAACUGCAUGACCUGAACAUUCUGCAAGGCAAAAAGCACCAUGACAGUGCAAACAUGAACUGCAACUUUGAACUAAGAAGGUUUUUUUUUUCUUCCAUCACAGUGUAGCUUGAAAUCCAAAAAAGCUUUUAUUUAAUGGACAAGGACCAAAUCCUGCAAACACUUAAGCAUAAGAAGAACUUUAACAUGGGAUAGUUAUCCUACACUGAACGCAUUAGAAAUCCUUGCAGGAUCUGGGUCUUAGAUUGGAAUUUCUCAGAGGCAGGGACCAUAUCCAUAAAGCAUCAAGCAUAUCUAUGGUGCUAUAUAAAUCAGUUAAUAGCACAUAAAAUUGCCGUUUUAAAAAGAUUUACCACAAGCUUUAGGUGAAUAUCUGAAUGAUUGCUUUUUUAAAGCUUUUUUUGUUCAGAGAAGCUAUAUAAUUUUUAGGUACUCAUGUCAUUAUUGCAGGGCUAAUUCCUAGCUUGGGUAGAUGUAUGUGUGCUAGCAUGCUAAAAAUAUCAGUAUGAUCACUUUGGCUCAGGCUACCCAUCUGACUACAACCCUAUAUGAGAUCCUAAGUGUGUAUUUGUGCAGCUAGCCUCAGUUGUCUUGGCAGCCAUGUUAUUUUAGCAUGCUAGCCUGAUCAAAGCUACGAUGUGUUUGUCUGUUUGGCAGAGAAUUACACUACCCAGUGGCUGCAAAGACAUACCCUGUGUGUAUUCACAGCCACAUAACUGAAUUAAUGAUUUUUUUUAUUGUUUACCUGUAAAGCAUAUCUGAAAUGUUACAAAAGUUGUGUUGAUGUGGGCAUGACUUGGCUAUGACUGCUUACCGUUUGUUUUUCCUCUUAGCAAAACUGUAUUAUAAGGAUUUAUCACACAAUUUUAAUCCAGAUGAAAUUAAACAGGAGAAAGGAUUGCUAUUGAUUCGUAGA